GAACUAGGAGGUUCUCACCGCCUGAGCUGAGGCCCCACACCCACCGAGGCAUGGGGCUCCCUGGGCUGCUCUGCUUAGCUGUGCUGGCCGCCAGCAGCUUCUCCAAGGCACAGGAGGAAGAAAUCACCCCUGUGGUCUCCAUUGCCUACAAAGUCCUACAAGUUUUCCCCAAAGGCCGCCGGGUGCUCAUAACCUGCCAUGCACCCCAGGCACCACCGCCCAUCACCUAUUCCCUCUGUGGAACCAAGAACAUCGAGGUGGCCAAGAAGGUGGUGAAGACCCACGAGCCGGCCUCUUUCAACCUCAACAUCACACUCAAGUCCAGUCCAGACCUGCUCACCUACUUCUGCCGGGCGGCCACCACCUCAGGUGCCCAUGUGGACAGUGCCAGGCUGCAGAUGUACUGGGAGCUGUGGUCCAAGCCAGUGUCGGAGCUGCGGGCCAACUUCACUCUGCGGGACAGAGGGUCAGGCCCCAGGGUGGAGAUGUCCUGCCAGGCAUCCUCGGGCAGCCCACCCAUCACCUACAGCCUGGUCGGGAAGGACGGGCAGGUCCACCUGCAGCAGCGACCACGCCACGGGCAGCCUGCCAACUUCUCCUUCCUGCCGGGCCAGACAUCGGACUGGUUCCAGUGCCAGGCUGCAAACAGCGUCAAUGUCCAGCACAGCGCCCUCACACUGGUGCCCCCAGGUCAUGACCAGAAGAUGGAGGACUGGCAAGGUCCCCUGGAGCGCCCCAUCCUUGCCUUGCUGCCCUAUAGGAGCACCGACCAUCUGAGUGAAGAGGAGCUUGGGGUGUUCAGGACAGGGAAUGGGGAGGUCAGAAGAUGCAAAGCAGCAGCCAUGUAGAAUGAACCGUCCAGAGAGCCAAGCACGACAGAGGGUUGCAGACCAUCGGCGUGCACUGUUCGUAUUUGGAGUUCAUGCAAAAUGAGUGUGUUUUAGCUACUCUUGUCACAAAAA